AUGAGAUUCUUGAGCACUGUCACUCAUUCGCAUAUGCAGGACACUUUGGAGCUUCAAAAACAGCUGCAAAGAUUUUACAAUCAGAAAUACAUUUUCACCCGAUAUGGUACACCGCGGGCUAUAAUCAGAGAUGGGGGCAAGCAUUUCUGUAAUCGCCAGUUUGAGCAGCUGCUAAAUAAAUAUGGCGUUAAACACCGCGUUGCUACUCCAUAUCAUCUACAAACCAGCGGGCAAGUUGAGGUAUCUAAUCGGCAGCUGAAGAGAAUACUAGAAGUCACUGUGAAUUCAUCUAGAAAUGAUUGGUAUAAAAAGCUAGACAAUGCAUUAUGGGCUUACAGAACAGCAUUCAAAACCCCAAUCGGCAUUAUGUCUCCAUACCGCCUAGUCUUUGGGAAAGCAUGUCAUCUGCCAUUAGAAAUGGAGCACCGGGCAUAUUGGGCUAUGAAACAGUUAAAUAUGGACUUGAAUGCCGCUAGUGAAAAGCGUCUACUGCAACUGAAUGAGUUGGAUGAAUUUAGAAUGGAGAAGCAAGUAUUGGAAGUGGGGCAACAAGUACUACUGUAUAACUCGAGACUCAAGCUAUUCCCAAGAAAACUACGAUCACGGUGGUCGGGUCCCUACACAGUUACAAAAGUCUUACCAUAUGGGGCUAUACAAGUGAGCCAUGAGAAUAAGGGUACCUUCACUGUUAAUGGGCAAAGGUUGAAACACUACUGGGGUGGUGACUUCUCUAACCAAAAGUCAACCGUUCAACUCGAGACGCCAGAAUGA